CAACUGCCAUGGGCAUCUCUUUACCACGCACACAAACCGCAGACCGUCACGGACUAUGGACACAAUGAUUUACCUUCUGGUUGUAAUGUUAAUAAAAGCUGAACCAUGUAGAAGUUAUGCUCGAUGUUUAAGUGGGUGCAGCUGUAUUGAUGACCGUCAUGGAAGGUCACUCAUAUGUAUGGAAGAAAGCGCCUUCGGGGCCAUUCCCGACAACCUUCCAGACGAUUUGACCAAAAUACGGAUAGAAAAAUCUCACUUCACUGAAAUCCCCAGGGGAGCUUUUUCCAAAACACGCGCAGUGGAAAACCUGUGGCUGAACUUUAACGACAUCACAGUUAUAAACUCAAAAGGUCUGGAGGGUUUGGGGAACCUAACCGAGCUCCGUCUGCAGGGGAACAAGCUGCGAUCAGUACCAUGGACAGCGUUUGAGGGUACGCCGAACCUCAAGAUCCUGGACCUGAAGCACAACCAGCUGGACGUCCUCCCGGAGCACGCCCUCAAAUUUCUACCAGGGCUCACAUAUUUAGAUGUAUCCUUCAACCAGCUCACGGUCAUAUCGAAGGAGGUCUUCCAGAACUGGCCUCUUUACCAGAAAAUACAAAAUGCAGAGGAGCGGGAUGUCACCGCGUCCAGGACGAACGUCGUCCUAGCGCUGCACGACAACGCCUGGCUUUGCGACUGCCGCCUGAAGGGCCUCGUGGAGUUCAUCGCUUCCUUGAGUCCUCCGAUCAUACUGAUGAACUCUUACCUGACCUGCUCAGGGCCGGACUUUAGGGCGGGCAAGUUCUUCCACGAGAUCGAGCUGCAGGCGUGCACGAAGCCAGUGGUCAGCACGCCAAAGGCGAACAUGAGCCUGCCUCUGGGAUCCAACCUCACCCUGCACUGCUACGCCAAGGCGAGGCCGGACCCUGCUGUGUGGUGGACAUAUGGUCUGAAGAUAAUCAGAGGAUUUCAUGAGUCCCAAGAAAGAGUUUCCGAUGACACCAUCAGAUCCCACCUGGUGAUUCCUUCCCUUAGUGCAGCAGACCGUGGGGUCUACACCUGCACUGCUGUGAACUUCAUUGGGAACUCCUCGGCGAGCGUCCUCCUGGAUGUCAUCUCUGCUGACAGCGCCUCGCCGUCUCACGUCGCAGGCUUCCCAGCUGCAUCGGGUGUUGCUGAUCAAAAUGUCUUCAUUGACAUUCGCAUCGCCAAACAGACAGUGCGUGGCAUCUCUAUUGAGUGGUUCGCCGCCCUAGAACGACCCUCCGAAACAUGGUUCACCAUUCACUUUGGUCAAGCUGGUGAUGACAAGAAAGAAAUGACCUACAUUGGGCCUGGAAUUCACUCCUACUCCAUCUCUGAUCUGAUGCCUGCCACCAAAUACGAGAUCUGUGUAACUCUAAAGAACCAGAUGCCACGCCCAGGCCAGUGCAUCGUGUUUGUGACAGGAACUGACAUCACAGAGAUGGAGCAGAGGGAGAAGCUAAUCCACAUAGUGGUGAUAGUUUUAGCCAUGGUGCUGGCCGUGCCGAUAGGCAUGUACGUCUGCACCACCGACACUCGAAUUCCCUGCUACGAGGUCAUCGUAGAGUCGUGGAAGAGACGGCAGAGAGAAAGCAACUCGUCUGGGAUGGAACGGGAAAGACAAGGCACUUUUGACAGCCUGCAGGGCGCCAGUGAUGAAGAGCUGGUCAAUAAAGAUUUCAAUGACGACAGAAAGGCCAAGAAGGUUGUUGGAAAGAUGUGAAAGAUGACUGUUGGGUCACCAGUGUAUUUCAAGGAUUUGCAACAGUAUAGAAAAUGUACGCUUGUGUAUAUUCUAAUGUGUGUAUAUAUUUCUCAUCAUCAUUUGUGAGUUGUUUUAAUUUGGAUUAUCAAUUUGCUUCUUUGACGAUGAUUGAGAUGGAUGGGAAUAAACUUCUACUGUUUUUAGACAUAUUGAUAGAGACAUAUAGAUAGUGUAGUAUUUCUCUAGAUAUUUGUCUCAUAGAACGAAUACAUAAAACAUCUAGCUGUGGUUUUAUUGAAACAUUUUAUGUUUGUCUUCCUUUUGCCAAAACCUUCCUUCUUAUUGCAGUAAAACAAGUAUGGAAUGAUUUUUAAGAAAUAUUCAGUUUGAUUUAUCACUCGUGACUUGUACAAAAUGUGUGUAAAAUGUACUUUUCUUGAGUAAAAAACUACUUUCAAGCUUUUUCCACUAUGGACCUCUGCUUAACAUGAGGAAGAACACAAUAAACAUGAGGAUUUAUUGUAUGGGCAGAGAACAUUUCUCACUUUUAAAGAUGUAAUUUAGUUGACCCAUUAUUCGCAGGAAAAACACAACUGUUUGCAGCUCAUUACAAAGCUAUAAACACCGACUGACUGAAAUAAAAUAACUUAUUUCAGCUACAAGCUUACUUUCUCACACUGACAAAUAACUUUUCAGAUUUCUGAGUUAAUCUAAUGAUGUUUGUCAAUAAAAGAAAAAGUCAGUUCUAUCACCA